ACAAUCUUACAAUCACGUAAAUUUACUAGGAACCACAAUGGCGUUUAUCAUUACAUUGACAUUACUUCUAACUUUGACGACUUUCUGUGUAGCAGAAUGCCCGGAUGGUUUUGUGAAGCAUGGCGGAUCCUGCUACCAUGUUGUGCGGAUAAAGGCGACUUGGCCCGAGAGUGAUAUUUACUGCCAUGCGGUAGAUGCAGACCUUGCGACAAUUGAAACCCAGGAUGAACAACACUUCAUAGAAGGCCACUUAAUAACCAAUGCAGGAGCAUAUGACCCAGCUAGGUUUUGGAUAGGUGGCAAUGAUAUUGCUGAAGAAGGUACCUGGGUAUGGCUCAAAUCUAAGACACCUAUAAGUCACCAAACGUACUCCAAUUGGAAAGACGGCAUUGCGCUACCUCUAAGCGCGAGAGAAAAUUGCCUGGAGCUAUCGCAACGGUAUCACUGGCAGUGGAAUGACAACAAUUGUGACGACCAUUAUUUCUUCGUCUGCGAAAAAGAUUUCCGUGUUCGCACAAGACAUCACAUCACAAGGGAUAACUUCGCUUUCGUUGCAGUGCCUAUAAGGAUGGUGGAAUCGUGAUUGGUUGAACAGUCCAAGCUGAAUAUCACAUCCGUAAUAUAUGUUUCAAUUCAUCUAUAAAAACUUAAGCCAAUUUUGUAUUUUAGAGUUGUUUUAAAUCCAUGUUUAACGUCCUUAUCAACUACAAAACCGUGAAGAAAACUCCGUUUUAUUUCGUACAUACAAAAUCUUUUUGUCCAAUACACCGGAAUCGUAUGAACUAAUUUACAUCAUAAAUACCUAAACCGAUAUAACCAUGUAAUAUACCAUAUUUGGUUGCCAAAUGCGUCUCUUUUUUACAUAUCUUUACAUAAAUAAGGUAAAUGUAUGCGGUGCGCAAGCAGAUUUCAUGUAUUCAAUGUUUCUAGUGUGUUUUAAUCGAUACUGAAUACUAAAGAGUUGACUGGCCCCGUCGAUAAAAUAUUGAAUUAUUUAGAACAAAGUAACUUAAAUGAGUUUGUCUGAUUCGAAAUGAGGGGGUGAUAUGCUAGCUGUAAAAUGAAGGUAAGAUAAUCUUCAUUUAAACCUAGGGUCUGGUAGCCAUCUUAAUUACAGAGAUGAAAAAUAGUUUUUAAAGUAUUGUUUACGCUUUUUGAUAAUGUAUUGCGUUGUGGUAAUAUGGAUAUUUCCUUAUUUUUUUAGUAACGAAGUGUGUGAUAUGGGAGGCAACUUUAACUAAUCCACACAUUUGACAUCAUACCGAGAUUUAUCUCCCUUAGUUUCCUUGUUCAGUUGAUCUCUGAUAGUUUUGUAUUUAAUAUAUCGGCAAAACAAUGUUAUUUCACGGAGCGGCUACGUGUGUGGUCUACUCAGUUCUAUAGCAUUCUAAGUACUCUGAAACAUGGUAGCAAGACUCGUAUAAAAUUAGUGAAAAUUUCGUUCAUGUUUUCUAGUACCUCGAAAUAAAUUUAUCUUACUUUUAGAACAGACCCAUUUGCAAGACUAAACACAUUAUUUUUUCAAACCGUUAGUGCUCUGUUAAGUUUUAUCAUUUCCCGCCAGUUAUAAUUGGUUUUUAGCUAAUCGGUAGUAAGGUUAAAUAGAGUUACGU